AUGUCGGCAGGAUAUGGCGGUUCGGUUCCUGCCACCAUGAAAGCGGCUGUGGUCGAGGAGUUUGGCAAGCCGUUGGUGGUGAAGGAUGUGCCCGUUCCAGAGCCCGGUCACGGAGAAGUUCUAGUGAAAGUUAUUGCGUCGGGGGUGUGUCACACGGACUUGCAUGUGCGGGAUGGUGACUGGCAUGUCAAGCCGACACUCCCAAUCAUUCCGGGACAUGAAGGUGCCGGUGUUGUCGUGAAGCUGGGGCCGAAUGUCACGACCCUGAAGAUUGGCGAUCGUGUGGGCCAUGCCUGGCUUCAUGACUCCUGCGGAGGCUGUGACUACUGUUUGUCAGGUUGGGAGACUGUUUGUGGCAAUCAGCACCAGACGGGCUUCUUGGCGAACGGAUGCUUCGCUGAGUACACCAUUGCAGAGGCAAACUACGUGGGCAAGAUCCCUGACAACGUGAGCUUUGCUCAGGCAGCACCGGUGCUGUGUGCAGGCGUGACCACCUACAAGGCUUUGAAAGAGACCGAGGCCAAGCCCGGGCAGUGGGUUGCGAUCAUUGGCGCCUGCGGUGGCCUUGGCCAUGUGGGUUGCCAAUAUGCGCAGGCUAUGGGUCUCAAGGUCUGCGCCAUUGAUUUCGGCGCCGACAAGCAGAGCUAUGCCAUAGAUACGUUGGGGUGCAAGGCCUAUGUGGACAUCAAGGGAAAGAGCUCGGAGGAAAUCGUGGCAGCAGUGAAGGCGGCUUGUGAUGGGGUUGGACCACAUGGAUCCGUGAUUCUUGCACCUGUGCCAGCAGCCUUCCGACAAGGAGUUGACAUGCUGCGGCCCAUGGGCACUGCUGUGGGCAUUUCCCUUCCGCCUGGAGACUUCCCAGUGGACAUCUUUUCCCUGAUCCUCCACAGGAAGACGGUGCGCGGAUCAAUCGUGGGCACCCGCAAGGACCUGAAUGAGUCUCUGACUAUUUGCGGGGAAGGACACGUGAAGUGCACAGUGGAGGAGAGGAAGCUUGACGACAUCAACGCCAUCUUCGAUGACAUGGUGAAGGGGAAGAUCAAGGGCCGUUGCGUGCUUCGCAUUGCUCCUGACCCCUGA